UAAGUAAGUCGAGUAACGAUAAAUCUGACAUGGCGACUAUGGCAUCUUUUCACAACAAACUAAUGAAUUUAGAAGCUCGAUUAAGAGCAGAAAACGAAGCAAAGAGAGGAGAUAAGUUGCCCAGAGAUUUAACCUCUGAUUUCACGAGUCCACAACAUACCCCUCGACCUAGGCUAAAAACUCUUCCAAUUGGAGAAUUUGGAUCUCCUGGUCGGCCAUCAUCAUCUAGUCGCUCAAAAAAGAAUUUUAUGCUUCCUCAGCCUACUCCUAGUCUGAAGUUAUCUGAUAAUGGCAUCAGUGAAACUGAUUGGAAACUUCAAGAAAUUAUGAAACAAGCCAACAUAUUGACUAUUAAUGGAAUAAAAUAUAAUGCUGAUAUGAAAGACUUAGAACAACUGGGUGAACUUGGUACUGGAACUUGUGGCCAUGUAGUCAAAAUGAAACAUAAACCUUCUAACAAAGUCAUAGCCGUGAAACAAAUGCGUCGAUCAGGGAAUAAAGAAGAAAAUAAAAGAAUAACUAUGGAUUUAGAUGUGGUUCUUAGGUGUCAUGAUUGUCCUCAUAUCGUUCAGUGUUAUGGAUAUUUUAUUACUGAGUCAGAUGUCUGGAUAUGCAUGGAAUUAAUGGCUACUUGCUUAGAUAAAUUAUUAAAACGACUUCAAGCACCUAUACCAGAACAAAUUCUGGGGAAGAUGGCAGUUGCUAUUGUCAAGGCCUUACACUAUCUGAAAGAAAAGCAUGGAGUCAUACACAGAGAUGUAAAGCCAUCUAAUAUUCUUUUAGACGAAAAUGGAACUGUUAAGUUGUGUGAUUUUGGAAUUAGUGGCAGACUAGUUGAUUCAAAAGCAAAGACGAGAUCUGCUGGUUGUGCUGCUUAUAUGGCU